AUGGAGUCCAAGACGGAAGUGCGCUCGAAGCCGAUCCUCAGCCCGACGCGCUCGCUCGACGAAGGCUUCGAGAGUGACCCGGACCGAAUUUCGACCGAUUCGGAGCUCGCGACCGCCCAGCCGACGCCGGCCUUCGACGUCCUGCAGCGGACCGAUCGCGAUGGCGUCCAGCACACACAGAUCGCCCGGCGGUCCGGCACGAGCGGAGGCGCGGAAAGCAGCCCGCUGCCGGCCAAGGACAGUGGCCCCGAGAGCAUCAUCUGCCUGGAGGGCGAAAUCGAGAAGGAGCUGCGUACCAAACUCGAGAAGACGAGCCUCGGCCGUCCCCCGACGGGUCUGCCGAAGGUGGCCGGUUCGGCCCCUUCCGGUCAGCAGAUGCGCUACCGGAGGAUUAAGACGCGCGCACCUCCACCCCCGAUCGGCUCGUACUACUACCAGAAGCGGUCCGCCUCGGUGGACAGUGUCAAUCGGGGCGCGGGGAGCGGGACCGGCAGCAUGGGACCGGCCAGCCUGUACAAUCUCGGCCACACGGAGCACGGCAGUUCGGUGAACCUGCACCUCGAUCUGGCCGCCUCCGGUCCCGCCAGCGUCUCCGUGGCGCCACCGGGACACGAUGUCCUCGCCGGGCGCUUCGUGCGCGUCACGGUCGACCCACGACACCACCAGCCACCGCUCGCCUCGCUCAACCAGUACCGGCUGGCGUCACUCUCCACGAACAACAUCUACAAAUAUUCUCACGCACCGACGUCCCUGGCCGGUCACUACCACCACCACCACCAACAGCAGCAGCAGCAGCAACAACAGCAGCAUCUACAUCCACACCACCCACUGUCCCAUCCACUUUCCCAUCACCAUCCAUUCCACCACCAUCACCAUCAUCAGCAGCAGCAGCAUCAGCAGCAACAGCAGCAACAACAGCAUCACCUCCACCAGGCGCAGCCACAUUCCCUGCAUCACCAUCUCAGCUACAUCCCGACGCCGGUUUCGGCCAGCUCGGGCUCCGGCGGCAGUAGCAAUCGCAACCAUUUAUACUCAUUACCACCACAAUACGGAUUAACGGCGACCAUGGCAUCCGGCGCAUCCGCACAGUGCGCCGCCGCCGCAAAUUCCGCCUCCCAGCAAAACGCAGCCGCAGCAUCGGCGGCGGCGGCAUCGGGCGCGGUAGCGGGAUCGCCCGCCGGAGCAGCGGGCAGGAAUUAUCAACAUUUCAAUCAUGUUCCGGUUUGCUGGACCCAAUCGAUACCCAGACAAACGCGAAGAUACAUCACCCCCACGACGCUGCCGCAGGUGAUUGCACCGUCGAGCAAGCCGACCGGCACCGGCAUAUCGCAGAAGCUGCGCGACCUGGCGACCUCGGCCGGUUUGCUGACAGCCAAACCGCGGCCUCCGCUGAAACCGGUCAUCAAGACGCGCGGCUCCAACAGUACCGAGUUCCCGAAAAAAGUCACGUUCAGUGCUUUUGCAACCGUGCAGGUUGUUUGA